CAGCACCUGCGGACAGGUCUUCCUGCCUCUAGGGGGCAGUAACGGAGCCUGACCUGGUAGCACGCGCUUUUGCAAAACUUUUUAGGUUUGCGGUUCUGGAUCCCUGGGGGCUGGAGACCAGGGAAGAGAAAGAGAAGUAGCAGGGUCAGGGGUCUAUGGAGCGGUUCCUGGCUCAGCUGUGUGGCACCGAUGCGGCGGUGCCGCUCCCGCUGUGGGAAGCGGGCACCACGGGCCACUGCUUCACCCAGCUGGUGCUCAGCGCCCUGCCCCACGCGCUCCUCGCUGUGCUCAGUGCCUGCUACUUGGGCACCCCGAGGACUGCAGAUCGUAUCCUACCAUUCAGUCCUGGCUGGCGCCUCCGGCUUGCAGCUUCCUUCCUUCUCUCUGUCUUCCCUCUGCUAGACCUCCUUCCAGUUGCUCUUCCACCAGGGGCAGGCCCAGGGCCCAUAGGGCUAGAGGUGCUGACUGGGUGUGUGGCGGCUGUGGCCUGGCUCACCCAUAGCCUGACCCUAUGGGCAUUGAUUCAUUCCCCUCAUGGCCGUUCCCGUGGGCCCUUGGCCUUGGCUCUGGCAGCCUUUCUGCCAGCCCCAGCUCUAGUGCUGACCCUGUUGUGGCACUGCCAGAGAGGUACAUUUCUACCCCCACUUCUCCCGGGGCCCCUAGGCCGUGUAUGCCUUCUCAUUCUGCAGCUGGCAGCAGUCUUGGCCUAUGGACUGGGUUGGGCAGCCCCUGGAGGACCACAAGAACCAUGGACUCAGGAACCCUUCCUGUCCUCUGAGAGUCAAGAAACUGAGGUGGCUGAAGAUGGAGAGAGUUGGCUGUCACGCUUUUCCUAUGCCUGGCUGGCGCCUUUGCUUACCCGAGGGGUCCGAGGAGAGCUCCGGCAGCCACAGGACACUUGCCGCCUCCCCCGCAGGCUGCAUCCUGCCUACUUGGCCCGUGCCUUCCAAGCACACUGGCAGGAGGGAACUCAGCUGUGGAGGGCCCUGUAUAGGGCCUUUGGAUGGUGCUACCUGGCACUUGGACUGUUGAAGCUGGUGGGGACCAUGCUGGGAUUCUCCGGGCCUCUGCUGCUCUCUCUACUGGUGGGCUUCCUGGAGGAAGGACAAGAGCCCCUGAGUCAUGGCCUGCUCUAUGCCCUGGGACUGGCCAGUGGGGCUGUGCUAAGUGCUAUACUGCAGAAUCAGUAUGGGUAUGAGGUACGUAAGGUGACACUUCAGGCACGGAUGGCUGUGCUGAGCCUCUUCUACCGCAAAACUUUGCAGCUGGGGCCCAGCCGCCCUCCUGUUGGGGAAGCCCUGAAUCUAUUAGGCACCGACUCUGAGCGGCUACUUAACUUCGCCAGCAGCUUCCAUGAAGCCUGGGGUCUGCCCCUGCAGCUGGCCAUCACCCUUUACCUGCUGUACCAGCAGGUGGGCAUGGCCUUCAUGGCUGGGCUGGUCUUGGCACUGCUGCUGGUACCUGUCAACAAAGUGAUUGCCACCCGCAUCAUGGCCAGCAAUCAGCAGAUGCUACAGCACAAGGAUGCACGGGUUAAGCUCAUGACAGAGCUGCUGAGUGGCAUUCGAGUCAUCAAAUUCUUCGGGUGGGAGCAGGCGCUGGGGGCCCGAGUAAAGGACUGCCGGUCUCAAGAGUUGGGGCGACUCCGUGUCAUCAAAUACCUGGAUGCAGCCUGUGUAUACCUGUGGGCUGCUCUACCAGUUGUUGUCUGCAUCCUCAUCUUCAUCACCUAUGUCCUCAUGGGGCACCAGCUCACUGCCACCAAGGUGUUCACGGCUCUGGCUCUGGUGCGCAUGCUUAUUCUUCCCCUCAACAACUUCCCCUGGGUAAUCAAUGGCCUCUUGGAGUCCAAAGUAUCCUUGGACCGGAUCCAGCAUUUCCUUGACCUUCCAAAGUAUAACCCUCAGACCUACUACAGCCCAGAUCCCCCCACAGAGCCAUCUACAGUGUUGGAGCUGCAUGAAGUCCUUUUCUCUUGGGACCCAAUUGGAAUCAGUCAGGAGACCUUCAUCAGUCACCUCGAAGUGAAAAAGGGUAUGCUGGUGGGCAUCGUGGGGAAGGUGGGCUGUGGAAAGAGUUCCCUGUUGGCCGCCAUCACCGGGGAGCUCCACAGGCUGCAUGGGUCUGUUGCAGUAUUGGGACUGUCUAAGGGCUUUGGCCUGGCCACUCAGGAGCCCUGGAUCCAGUUUGCUACUAUCCGAGACAACAUCCUCUUUGGGAAGGCAUUUGAUGCCCAGUUGUACAGGGAGGUGCUGGAGGCCUGCGCUCUCAAUGACGAUCUCAGCAUCCUGCCUGCUGGAGACCAGACAGAGGUGGGGGAGAAGGGUGUGACCCUCAGUGGGGGACAGCGGGCCCGGAUUGCCCUUGCUCGUGCUGUGUACCAGGAGAAGACACUUUAUCUCCUUGAUGACCCUCUGGCUGCUGUGGAUGCAGAUGUGGCCAACCACCUCCUGCACAGGUGUAUCCUGGGAGUGCUAAGCCAUACUACACGGCUGCUGUGCACCCACCGCACUGAAUACCUGAAGAAGGCUGACAUGGUGCUGCUGAUGGAGGCCGGACAUCUCAUCCGCACUGGUCCUCCUUCUGAGAUUCUGCCAUUGGUGCAGGCUGGCCCCAAAACCUGGGCUAAGGAUGAACAAGUGCCUGACUCAGGGAAGUCUCAGUCAGUACAGAACCCGGAGAAGAUGACAGAGGGGCUGGAGGUGGAGCAGAGCACAUCUGGCCGCCUGCUGCAGGAAGAAAGCAAGAAGGAAGGUGCUGUGGCCUUGCACGUGUAUAGAGCAUACUGGAAGGCCGUGGGCAGCGGCCUGGCCCUCGCCACCCUCAUCUCUCUGCUUCUCAUGCAAGCCACACGCAACGCUGAUGACUGGUGGCUCUCUCACUGGAUCUCCCAGCUGAAGGCUGCCAGGAAUAGCUCCAAGGAGGAGCCGGCUUCCUCCAGCUCAGGCUCCAUGGGGCUCCUCUCCCCGCAGCUGCUUCUCUUCUCCCCUGGAAGCUUCUUCACCCCAGUGUUCCCAUUGUCCAAAGCUGCCCCCAAUGGCUCCUCAGACAUCCGCUUCUACCUCAUCGUAUAUGCGACCAUUGCUGGUGUCAACUCUCUCUUCACCCUCCUCCGGGCAGUGCUCUUCGCAGCAGGUGCCCUCCAAGCAGCUGCCACCCUCCAUCACCGCCUGCUGUAUCGAGUCCUUAUGGCACCAGUGACUUUCUUUGACUCUACACCCACGGGCCGGGUCUUGAACCGCUUCUCCUCCGACGUGGCCUGUGUGGACGACAGCCUGCCUUUCCUCCUCAACAUUCUGCUGGCCAACUCAGCAGGCCUGCUGGGCCUCCUGGUUGUGCUGGGCUCGGGUCUGCCCUGGUUGCUGCUGCUGCUGCCGCCUUUGAGCUUCAUUUACUACGGCGUGCAGCGCCACUACAGGGCCUCCUCCCGAGAGCUGCGGCGCCUGGGCAGCCUCACCCUGUCUCCACUCUACACCCACCUGGCCGACACCCUGGCUGGCCUCCCUGUGCUCCGGGCUGCAGGAGCCACCUACAGGUUUGAGGAGGAGAACCAGCGACUCUUGGAGCUAAACCAGAGGUGCCAGUUUGCUUCCUACGCCACAAUGCAAUGGCUGGACAUUCGGCUGCAGCUCAUGGGGGCAGCAGUAGUCAGUGCCAUCUCAGGCAUUGCCCUGGUACAGCACCAGCAGGGCCUCGCCAACCCAGGGCUGGUAGGCCUGUCGCUGUCUUAUGCUUUGUCUUUGACGGGCCUGCUCUCGGGGCUGGUGAGCAGCUUCACACAGACAGAAACUAUGAUGGUAAGCGUCGAGAGGCUGGAGGAAUAUUCCUGUGACCUGCCCCAGGAGCCCCAGGGCCAGCCGCUGCAGAAGAGCAUUGGAUGGCUGACCCAGGGAAGUGUGGAAUUCCAGGACGUGGUGUUGGUAUACCGGCCAGGGUUGCCAAAUGCCCUGGACAGAGUGACCUUCUGUGUGCAGCCUGGAGAGAAGCUGGGCAUUGUAGGCCGCACAGGCUCUGGCAAGUCUUCCCUGUUCAUGGUGCUCUUCCGGUUGCUGGAGCCCACUGCAGGGCGGGUGCUGCUGGACGGUGUCGACACCAGCCAGCUGGAGCUGGCUGAACUCAGAUCCCAGCUAGCUGUCAUCCCUCAGGAGCCUUUUUUGUUCAGUGGGACUGUUCGGGAAAACUUGGACCCCCAGGGCCUACAUGAAGACAGGGCCCUGUGGCAGGCCCUGGAUCAGUGCCACCUGAAUGAGGUGAUCAUCUCUGUGGGUGGUCUGGACGGAGAACUGGGUGAAAGGGGCCGGAACUUGUCCCUAGGACAGAGGCAGCUGCUGUGUCUAGCCAGGGCUCUUCUUACAGAUGCCAAGAUCUUGUGCAUUGAUGAGGCUACAGCAAGUGUGGACCAGAAGACAGACCAGCUGCUCCAGCAGACCAUCUGUAAACGUUUUGCCAACAAGACCGUGCUGACCAUUGCCCACAGGCUCAACACAAUUCUAAACUCUGACCGGGUGCUGGUGCUCCAAGCUGGGAGGGUGGUGGAACUGGACUCCCCCUCCAUCCUGCGCAACCGGCCUCAUUCACUGUUCCAGCAGCUGCUGCAGAGCAACCAGCAAAGCUCCCAGCCCCCUCCUGCAGGGCGCUGAGCCUCCUACCGGAUCUCCCCUCUAUCUGACCUGGGCAGAGCUAGCUGCUUGUUUGCAUUCUCCUCUGUGGCCCUGCCUCUCCUUUACCUCUCCAGAGAAGAGAGGGCAUCCUGGGUUCCUCUGUGAAAACCAUUCCUUGGCGGGUUGAAGGCUGAAGCUUCCCCAGAACCAGGCCAACCAUUGACCUCUUCACCCAGGAUACUAGGCCAGUUUUUCUGCCAUAGAAGCCCGCUUGAAUUUCAUAGUUUUAUUUGAUAAAAUUCCUAUCUUACAUUCUGUGUAUUAAAAAAAUAUUAUUUCUGG